AUGAGCGUGAUCGACCCCGUUUUCUUUGACAAGAAGUUUAACGUGUCGCGCUACAUGCUGCGGUAUGUGGUCGGCGCCGCAACGGACGAGCUUCGCGACCAGCAGCUCCAGAAGGUGCGAAAGUUUCGUGCCAUGGCCGACAACCAAAUCGACGGCGUUAUCGACCAAAGUUUCGUCAACUUCAACACAAGUCUCGCUCGCUUCACAACCAUCGCGAACCAGCUACAAGAAACGCGGAACAAAGUACAGGAAAUUCGUAAACGAGCUGCUGAUGGACGGACGAUUCUAGGCUCCAAGACUAAAAACUUACGCGAGUUGCUGCUCCAGAAGUACGAGGCUAAAAAGGUGAUCGACAUUAUCAAUGACAUCGAGUGCAUUGAGGCUGCACCGGCGAAGAUUGACGCACUUUUGACCCAACGGAAGUUCCUCGAGGCAGUUGACGAGUUCGCAAGCGCAUUGGAUUUGGUCUUUAGCGAGCAACUCGUGGCCUUCCACGCCACCACAGGAUUACGCAACGACCUGAUGGAGUGCAAACAAACCAUCGAAGAUCGACUAGUUCAGGAGCUUCAGAGAGCUGUAUACCUUAAAGGAGCGUUUGCCAACAUCGCAUCACGGACCAAUCAGUACUCACUAGCAGCGAUUGAGAGCGAGCUCAACAGUGACGUCAAUCUCGACCAGGAAUUCGACAACCUUAUGCUGGUCAUGCGCAAAGCUGAUACUGCGGACCAACACCGAAAGAGCAGAUUGAACAGUGUCGCUGUCGCUCCAUUGCCCACUAACAACGUGUUGCGAACUGCUGUCAGCGCCGUUAAAAAACUGCAUCGCGAGCGAGAAACUAUCGGUACGAUCAAGAGUUCCAUCGAGCAUGAGCUGGAUGAUGUAGUGGCAAAGCUGUCUCGCCUCUGCCGAGGCAUCUUCAACAGUAGCAGUAGUACGUCCUUUGCUAACGCGUUCACUGAGGCUACGUUCGGCUUGCAUGACAACUCAAACGACUUUGGCACGUUCUUGCGUCUGCUCUUCACCGUGUUGCGUCGCGUUGCUCAGCGCCACUACCUCGUCUCCAUUUACUUCGAAGCGGACGGGGAUAAUUGGGACUACGGCAUGUUCGAGGUCAUUACCAAGAUUGCCGGUGUACUCGAGGCACUGUUCAAAUUGAGUCGUAACAAGCCAGCAGCCACGAAUCCGUCGGGCGAGGACAACCAAAUCGGUUCACCGACAGCAAAACGCAGUCGACUUGUGUGUGAACCGAGCGUCUUCCACUUGCCUGAGGUAUACGAGGAGCUGCAGCGCAUCGGAAAAGAUCUCCAGCUUCUCUUCCGUGCCAGUUCUCGAUCAGGUGUGAGCUCGCCGACCUCUUCGUUGUCCGGAUUUGCAGGUUUCCUCAACACCUUCAUCACACAGAAGUGGGUCCCUAAGGUCAAAGCAAAGGCUCAGCAUUUCCUUGCUGUCAAGGCACGAGGCCAGACGACAGUAUGCCGCCUCCCCAUUCCUUCCGACACCAGCUACCAACCACCCAGCAUCGACAGUUUGCUGCACGUGAUCGAAAACCUUCGCGAAAUGAUGCUCAAAAUGCCGACACACGCGUCCGACCUCGCCAGCGUCCUCGAAGCUUCUGUUUUGAGCUGGCUGGAAGAAUGCGCGGCCAUCGUGCGCGAUAUUCGCGAGCAGACGCUCAACCACCAGCAAUUGCAGACUAAAAACGUCACCUACGCCGACCUGGCAGCCAUUUUCCACGAGUACGAAGGGUAUCAACGCGCUAAGCAAGACAGUCCGAUCCCUUUUCGUAACUCGAAGGUGCAGCCAGCACGAUCGACGAGUAUCGGAACAGGUUCCAGUCGAGUAAGUGCCGAAGAAAUGAUUGCCGCAAGAGAAUUGGAGCUUGAAUGCGACCUCUACGAUCCAGAUGCCUGGAUGCAAGGCCCCGAUGGGCUACUCAUGGACAACGCGCGAAUUGGAAUGCUCGGUUACGCCAACAGCGCGUGUGAUCUCAUUGCAGUGUACCUUCAACGUGUAGCAGGAGGUUCCGAAGGGUCUAACAAUGCUCCAGUUACCUCGCCAGCACUAACCAUGGCGCUACAAGCUGCGAGCUGGCAGUGCAGCGCUCUAGCUGACGAAUGUCUUCUCUUCCUGCGUCGUGAGGUGCGUCUGCAUUGUUGCUAUUACCUCACGCAGCUCGUCUCGCUGCGAUUUGACAUGGAAGAAGGCCUGCCGACAAUGGCCCAGGACAGCGUACUGACGCUCAACUUGGACCUGUCAUCGAUCGAGAACGCACUGCAGCCAUAUCUGGCCAGCGACAAGAUGACGCUUGUGUUUAAUGGAGUCGAUGCGCUGCUAUCCCGCCUACUGAUCGGUGACCUCGCGCAGAUGACAGGCUGCGCAUUUACUCGUGGAGGUGUCCAGCAGAUGCUGCUCAACAUUGGAGCUCUUCGUCAAGGGCUCACAGGCACUCUAUACUCGUAUCCUCGUAACGGUACGUCGUUGUCUUCUUCGGCAUCAAUGGCUUCGUCGUGUUCGUCGGCUUCUCGUUUGGAGCACGCCAAGCGGUACUAUCAGCUGCUCAAUUUGUCCGAGACACAACUUGAGAUGUUUCUCUUGGCAAACCGCGGCGCAUACACACACGACGCUUUUCGAGCGCUCUGGCGCGUUAACGCUCCCCAUCGUCCACUCGCGAAGGGCAGCGUCAAUAAACUCGACAGUCUUCUACGGUAA